CUCUUCAUCACGUGAUCAACAAUUUUUUGAGCGCCCACUAUAAACAUCGAAACAUUUAGAAACAACAUGGCGUCGACGUUAGAAUCAAUGGUUGUUGAUGAAAAACAAUUACCAGAUAAACCAGUGGAUAGAGAAAAAACAUGUCCGUUAUUACUUCGAGUUUUCUGCAACACUGGUCGUCAUCACAAUAUAAUGGACUACAGUCGUGGUAAUGUUCCUUCAAAUGAACUACAAAUUUAUACAUGGAUGGAUGCAACUCUUCGAGAAAUUACCGGGCUCGUUAAAGAAGUCAAUCCUGAUGCUCGUAGUAAAGGGACUUAUUUUGAUUUCUCGUUGGUGACACCGGAACUCCGAAAUUCUGGCUAUAGAAUGCGAGAAAUUGGAGUAACUUGUUCAGGACAAAAAGGUGCUGAUGACAAUAAAACUCUAGCUCAAGCACGAUUCACUAUUGGAGAUUAUUUGGAUAUUUCCAUUACUCCACCAAAUAGAAUGAUGCAGCCAGCAGUCAGACGUGGUGGUUUACGCCAAUAUUAAAUAUAAAAUUAUUUUAAAAUGACAAUAAGUUAUUCUUACUUUAGGUAUAACUAAAAUCUAAACUUAUUACAGUGAAAUUUUGAUUGAUGUGAAUAAUACAAUGUCGUGUUUAACAAAACAAGUAUUAAUUAUAACUUCUCAAUCAUUUUCUUACUUUGACAAUCAUUUUUGAACUCUUAAUUUAUUUCAUUAAUUAUGAAAUUGCUUUAAAAAUGUUAUUCACAAUAUAAAGUUGUAUAGAAAGAAACAUAUUUCACAAAUUGUAUAAAUCAAUAGAAGAACAAUGUCAAUUGACCAAAAUACAUAAAAUAAUUACAAAUAAUUCCUUUA